AUGUCGACGAGUUUUCCAAAUAGUAAUGGAAGUGUGCCGCAGUACAAUCCUCAAGCAAACGGUUCUUUCAAUCAGUAUGCACAAAAUCUACCACCCGGCGGAUAUCCAGGAAUGGAGCACUAUCAGCAUAACAUGUAUGCACCAAAUGCAAAUGGAUAUGGCGGAAUGCCACCCGGUCAGCCAAACAUGGGUGGUCCAGCGCAGCCGACGGCUAUGCCUCUAAAAGGACAACCGCCGCAACAGUAUCCGGGCCCACCUGGUGCAGGUGUGAAGCUUCCUGGCUACGAUGCCAAUUCAAUGCAAAAUGGAUAUAUGGGAUAUCCACCACAUCAGCAACGCACGACUGGGCACCCGCCUCAGAAUGGGCCACCGCCAAACUACAAUGCUCACCAGCAAAUGCCGCCGCCCAACAAUCCAUACGGAGGUGUGCCCGAUCCAUAUAGGAUGUACUCUGGGAUGCAAGGACCGCCGGCUCAGCCCCCACAAAACUCGUCAACGCAGCCAGCGCCGCCGGCUCAAAAUGCAAAUUAUCCUCCUCCAGCACAACCUGCGCCACCUUCUGCGCAAGCUGUUCCUCAUCAAUAUCCUACUCAACAGCCCCUUCCAGCACACCUACAUGGGGGACCGCCAUACCAGUCAAUGCCACCCCCACAAAGUGCUCCCCUUCAACACUACCAACCGCCAGGAUACACCAAUGGAACCACGCCCACCAGGCCGCCAACAACACAAGGGUUUCCACCAUUGCAACCAUCAAAGCAAGCAAAGCAAGAUGAUACUCGACCCAAUAACUUGCAGCAGACACCAAAUCAACAGUAUCCUGGAAGUUUUGGGGGACCCGGUGCGCCUAACGGAUAUGAUGCCUAUGCUGGUGGUCCUGGAGGAUAUCCAGGAUAUCCACCACCCGGAAACCAAGGAACACCUGUAACUUCUCAAGCCCCAGGACAGAAUGGCACAAGUGGGACGCCGAACGGGCAACACCAAUUUAGUGGAUUCAACGCCAGCUUGUAUUCUACCCCUGGUCCGGACACAGGAGGUCAUCACACUCCCAGUCACAAUACUUCAGGGCAGAACACUCCUGGACACCAUACUCCUGGUCAAAUGACUCCAACCCAUCAGACUCCAGGACAUCAAACUCCCGGCCAUCAGUCUUCAGGACACAAUACUCCGGCCCAGAAUACUCCUUCUGGAUCUGCGGCACCAGUGGUAAACCCGUAUGCACCGAUGGGAAAUCAGGGUCAGUUUGGAAGCAAUGAUCCGGCAAGCAGUCACGGUACACCUGGAAACUAUGGAGGAAUGAAUUCCAGUCAUUCGACUCCUAAUCCUCCUACCGGGCGAGCAACUCCGGGAACACCGUCUACACCGACGACUCCAGGAGCCAGUCAGCAAAGGACUCCGCAGCAGCAACAACAACAACAACAACCAGGAAUGCAGAAUCAUAUGCCACCACCACCACAGUACAAUCACAACCCAAUGGCAUCACCGAACCAUGGUCCGAAUGGAACAACUCCUCAGAAGCAUCAAACUCCAAUGGGAUCUUCUCUACCUCCUUUGAAUGGCCAGUAUCCGCCGAUGACUCAGAACAUGCAAUCGCCGGUCACAACACCGGCACCGGAACCAACAUUCAAAGAGCCGGCAAUGCCAGUCCGGCAUUCGCCAUCUCAUACGCAAUCCCCCGCACUUCAGCAACCAACAGGAGCCCCACCAGCCUAUCACACGCCAAGCAGCUCUAAUAGGACACCGGAAGCAACAACAAGUUCACAGCCAGCGCGGUCGCCAACGUUUGCAGUACCGACACUCCCAGCAGCAAAGCCAAAAACUUCUCCUCAGAAAAAACGAGGAGAAAUUGAAAGUGUCCCUGAGCCACCAUCUCAGGACACACCUUUCACGUUGGUGCAUAAUUUCGAACUACCCGCCGCAAUGACUAACUUGAAGGAAUCGAUAUCGGUAGGACCCAAUAAAAAAAUGCAUCCGCAAGUGGACAAACACUACUUUUCGCGGAAGCGGCAACCACUACGCCACCCGUAUCCGGAAGGAGCUAAUGCUCAUAACACUCCGGCAACUGAACCAAGCACGUUUGGGUUCAUAGAAGGAAGUAAGUAUUUCAAGGAAGGAUACAAUCGAAAGAUUACACUGCAAACACCAUCCAUGGGACCACCAACGCUUUCCCGGUCACAGUCAAUGCUAGUCUCUCCUGGAUUCAACGCGUCGCAACCAUCAACUAGCGGUCGACAGCCUGCCAAAAAAGCGCGAAGUGCAUCAGACGCUUCCGAGCCAACAUUCACCAUGCCACUACCACCGAAUCGGCAUCCAAUGGCAGCCACAGAUCCGAGGAUGCAGCAGCAAAUGCAAAUGCAUCAGUACCAUCAACAGAUGCAUAUGCAAAAAAUGCACCAGCAACAAAUAGCUGCACAACAACAGCAUAUGACAAGAAUGAAUCAAGCUGGAAAUAUGCCAUCUACAUCAACGGCGGGCGGUAUGCCACCAGCUCCUGGGCCUACAGCACUUCCUCCCAUCGCGCCGCCAGCUCUUCAACGAGCCGAGUCGAUGCCUCAACUACCAUCCCAACAACAGCCCCCAAUGGGAGGGCAGAUGCCGCCACAUAUGGCUGGAAUGCCGCCGAUGAAUGGAAAUCAUUUAGAAAACCCGACGGCCAACAGCAAUACUGGCCACACCAACAACCAGCAGCGAGUUGGUCUUCCGCCGCUGACUUUGCGAAACCCGGCGCUGGCUGGAACACAAAGCCAUGAUUUCCCUUCAGCACCUUCCACAUCGAAUCAACCACCAGAUCAAUGCGCUGGUUGUCAUAAUUUUAUAUCUGCCGGGUCCCCUACCCUGUGUUGUAUGUAUCAUGACUGCAAAAACGUGUACCAUCGACAAUGCACGCGACUAACAUCAAAUGCGUUUAAUCAUUUUGACGGGACGCCUCAAGCUCGUUGGGUGUGUCCACCAUGUGAGACUCAAGUUCGCCCAAUGCAAAUGCAACAUGCUUAA